AUGGAUAUAACAGAUGACACACAUAUCUGUUUUCGUUGUAAACAAACAAUCAAUGGUUUGGAUAACUAUGUCGAGCACAGGAAGAAUGCAAAUUGUGUGGUCAUUACUGCCAACAAGUUCUUCAAUUGUCUUCAAUUACAAUCAAAAUUCAAAGACAUUUACCAUAAUAAUGAUGAAGAAGAUGAAGAAGACGACGAAGAUUAUGAUGACCACAAUAUUCGUAACGUACAAAGUGGUCAAAAUCAGUCCUCCGAAGAUGACGACCCUUCAGAUGAUGACAUUUAUCGUCCGCCCAAAGAUUUUACGGGUGGCAAAUGGAAACCUGGAAGCGGUCCAGAGGUGAUCAUAUCUACCACUUAUGUGACCGACGAGUCAUCGGAUAAUUCAGUGAAUUUUGAGCUUAAGAAGAGACGAACAUCUGAUGAAUCGACAAAAUCUUAUAUUGAAAAUAGUUUUUCAUUCGCCGAUAAAAAUAUUUAUUCUUCUGUUGUAAGACAACCGACUGAUUGCCAGGACUUCCAAACAUCAACUUUUGUUGACCAACAGUGUCUUAACCAACAAAUCGGUAAUAAUUUUAUUGACAAUGAAUUGAUGUGUAAAUUAUGUAAUAAUUAUAAGGCAUUGAAUUCAAUUGAAUUACUAAAACAUUACUUAAUUUCAACAAAUCAUUCAACAAAUGAUAUCUUAAAUUUGCAAUUAAUUACUGACAAUGAGUUAAUAUUAAUGAAGAAGUUGUCAUUUAUUUGUGAAAUUUGUUGCUUUUAUACGAACCAAAUAAACAAUUACUUAUGGCAUUUGACAACAAUUGAUCACUCAGUAAAAGCCAGUUCCCAUCGGACAAGAUUUGAGUGUUGUGUAUGUCAUGAAAGCUGUGGUGAUGUCAAGAAACUUAUGGCACAUCUGGAGAGCAAUCAAACACAUCAUUGCAUUAGUUCUGGUCCUAUAAUUAUCUGUAAAUUAAGUAAAUUAAAACUAAAAGCCAAGAAAUCGUUUAAUAGAAAAUCAAACAAUUUGUUCGAUACUUUUAAGUGUGAUUUUUGUGGCAAACUUUUUAAAUUUAAGACAAAUCUUAAGAGACAUACAAUGGAUGAACAUAUCCGAAGAGUUGCAUUUCCCGAUUUGAUUAGAAGCAACUUUAUCGGUGAUAAUCCAAAGUUUUCGUGUAUUAAAUGUGAUUUUAAGACCGACAAAGAGUCAAUACAUUUGCUUCAUUCAGUUAACCAUCAAAUGCCGUCUAUUGAUGAACAUAACAACAGUAACACUUCACGACUUCGAAGAAGUGAAGAUAAAUAUAAGUGUCCUCUUUGUCAGAAACUUUAUAUCUGUCGUCAACUCAAAGAGCAUAUCAAUAGUCAUAUUAAUGAAACACCGUAUGAGUGCUUGAAGUGCGAGAAGAAGUUCUCAAAUUUAGUAUAUCUCAGGAAUCACGAGAAGACUCACACAUAUAUUAAAGAUAAGAUCUGUGAGAUAUGUGGUGUCGGCUUUACAUUGAAUAAGUUGCUUAAAAGACAUCUGAAGACACACGACAAUAGCCGCGAACGAACUUUUGGCUGCGAGAAGUGUGGGCUUCAGUUUUUCUCACGAUCUGAGAUGAUAUCUCAUAUGAAACGACAUUUACCAAAGAGUGACCGACAAUUCAAAUGUCAAUAUCUUGAUUGUCACCACUCUUUUGUCAACAAAUAUGAACUCAACGAACAUUCAAAGGUUCACUUAUCACCCGAUGACAAGCCUUUCCUUUGCGAUCAGUGUCCGUACAAAACUAAAUCUAUUUAUUCGUUGAGAAAACAUUACAGACAACACACCGACGAUAAGCCAUUUGAAUGCAAUAUUUGUCACUUUAAAGCACAUAUGAGUGCAAAUUUGAUUAGACAUAUGCGUAUACAUACAGGAGUUAAGCCAUAUCGGUGUCCUUAUUGCAGCUAUGAAUGCAAUACUCAAGAAAACAUCAGAAAACAUAUAUUAAAAACAAAGAAACACUUCGGUCUUUAUGUUUAUCCGUGUAAUGAUUGCAACUUUAAGAGCAACUUAUUUAUUGAUUAUCGCAAACAUAUUGAAGACAAUCAUUCAGAUAUAUAUAGUGAUCAACAAAUUGCUAAUUUGGUGUCUCAUUUAUUUAAUAAAAAAUAA